CAACGUGUAUGAAGACAUCGCCGAUUUGGUUCAUAUCUGUUUUAAUCACGUUAGUUGAAUAACAUACAAAAUAACAAACAUGGGGACCGCGUUGAUUUACGACGAGGAGAUGACUAAUUACAAACUGCUCUGGGUAGAUCCAGCAUGUAAGAUCGAAGUUCCUGAACGUCUCACUGUAAGCUAUGAAGCUUUGGUGAAAAGUGGUCUCGCUGAUCGAUGUGUCUCCCUCCCUGUUCGAGAGGCAACUGAUGCAGAUAUUCUUCUUGUUCACAGUGAGGAAUAUUUGGAGGCGGUGAAGAAAACCCCUUACAUGACUUUGGAAGACUUGAUGGAUUUCUGCUCCCAGUAUGGGGACGUUUACUUUCACCCAAACAUUUAUCACUGUGCCAAGCUGGCUGCUGGGUCUGCACUUCAACUUGUUGACAGUGUCAUGAUGGGAAAAGUGAGGAAUGGCAUGGCUCUGGUCAGACCACCCGGACACCACAGUAUGCGCAAUGCUGCCAGUGGUUUCUGCGUGUUCAACAAUGUAGCCAUAGCAGCACAAUAUGCAAAACAAAAAUAUGCAGUAGAGAGGAUAUUGAUAGUUGACUGGGAUAUACAUCAUGGUCAAGGGGUCCAGGACUGUUUUGAAGAUGAUCCAAGGGUGCUCUAUUUCUCAUGGCACCGCUAUGAGCACCAGAAAUUCUGGCCCAACCUUCGAGACUCUGACUUUGACAGGGUCGGCAAUGAGAAAGGAGCUGGGUUUAAUGUCAAUGUACCAUGGAACAAGGUGGGGAUGAAGAACAGCGACUACCUUUCAGUCUUUUGUCAUCUUUUUUUACCAGUUGCAUAUGAAUUCUGCCCAGAUUUGGUGCUGGUGUGUGCAGGCUUUGACUCAGCCAUUGGAGACCCCGAGGGUGAGAUGUGUGCCACCCCUGACAUCUUUGCCCACCUGACUCACCUACUCAUGAACCUUGCAGGUGGCAAGCUGUGUGCGGUGCUGGAGGGAGGAUACAACCUGACGUCCCUCCCCCAGUCUGUUUGUCAGACCGUUCAGACCUUACUUGGAGAUCCUGCUCCCCGACCUGCAAACCUCGACGGUCCCUGUCUUAGUGCACUUGAGUCCCUUCACUGUGUUCGAUCAGCCCAUAAAAAGUACUGGUCCUGUCUCAAACAUGCAGCUGAUCUUCCCACCUGUGAAGUCAGCACUAAGCGGAAUAAAGUGGGUGAAGAAGAAAUAAACGAAGAACAAAGCAAACAGGAACCAGUUUGGCGAGAAUGUCCCAAAACACUCCCCCCAGAUAUUUCUGCGGCUGCGCUGCUCCCUGAUGAUGGCAUAUGUCCAGAGAGAUGUUAUUCCCUGAAGUCAUCAGAAGAUCUGGACCCAUCGAUAGUCAACAAACUUAAGGAGCAUAUCCUUAAAGAUACAGAGGAUUGUGAAACUCUUUCAACACUAUCCAGGCUUACUGUGCUUAUAGACAAAAUGGAAAAGAAUGAGAUCGGCAGUGGCUUAGCACUGGUGAAAGAUAUCUCUAAAGCAGUAAUAUGUGUUGUCCAACAUGCUGCAGCUGCACCAAUGAACAGGGUUUUGGUUGUGUACGUUGGAGAUGGUGUGGUUCCAUUUCACACCAAUGAAGAUGGAAAAACUCUGGUGGUGCAGUUUACUACCCAGAAGUCAGAAGAAAUUCAAAGCAAGUAUUUGAUACCUGUGUGUCUGCAGAAGGACUACAGCGACAUUCCAGGGUUUAUUCAGGCCACGCUGAGCCUCCUGCUGCCUCUGGGAUAUGAGUACGACCCCAGUCUUGUGGUUGUGGUGCAGACGUCAGGUUGUGGGCUGAGUCACAACGUCUGGCAGCAACUAAUAGGUCUACUGCGAGGCCUUGCUCAGGGACACACAUUAGUCCUAAUGCAGGAGGAUCAAAAUGCCUAUGUUGGCCCUACUGCGUCUUCUCUACUUGGAGACCCCGCCCCCCCGUUAGGCCCUCUGGAGGCUCCUCUACCAGAGAAUGUGGAGUCCACAGAGAAGCUAAGACUCAGGUUGAAGGCAGACUGGAAUUUUCUGCUGACCACUGGUAAUGUCAAGUAAUCAGUAACACUAACACAACCUACAGAUGGACUCUUCUGUUAUAUACACACAGCCCAAGAGCUGAGCAGAGGUGACGUGGAUAAAAGCUGAACUAGAGGUUCCUUUUUCUUGGUAUUAAUUUAAAAAAAAGGACACAUCUUGUGGUAAAUACAGUUGUCAAGUAAAAUCUAUUUGUAUAGUUAUUGACAAAACACAUUUAUCUUAGUGGACUAGUUUUUUUUUUUAUAUCAACCCAUGCUGUAAUGACUGGACUCAUACAUUUCAUACUUUUCUUACUUUAUCUUUUUAACAAUGUUGAAAACUGAGACCAUUGCCUUCAAUUUUAAUAAAACUUAAUGGAAAAAG